ACUCGUUCACAUCUCACCGGUGGUGUUGCUCCGUCUGUUUGCGGCUCGGGAGAAGAUGGCGGCGCGUAGUGGUUUUCAGCCUGCGACACCCGGAGGCGGCGGAGCCCCGAUGGGACCCGGGCCGCCGGUAGCCGUUGCAGGCCCCGUUAUGGGUCCCGGUACGCCCUCGGGACGGAUGGGACCCGGCGGCCCGCAGAACCAUAUGUAUCGACCACCGAUGCCCGGAUACCCGAGACCGGGAAUGCCUCCAGCCAAUCGUAUGACCCCUCAGGGACCCUCAAUGGGACCCCCAGGUUACGGGGCCAGUCCAGUGUCCCGCCCCGGUAUGCCAGUCAUGGACCCGUCCCGCAAGCGACCGCCGCCAAAUCAGAUCCAACAGGUCCAGCAACAGAAUCGCAACCAACAUGCCAAGAAGAAGAAAAUGGCAGAUAAAAUCCUACCUCAAAGAAUCCGAGAGCUUGUUCCUGAGUCUCAGGCAUAUAUGGACCUGCUGGCGUUUGAGAGGAAGCUUGAUCAGACCAUCAUGCGCAAAAGACUUGAUAUUCAGGAAGCGCUCAAGAGACCCAUCAAGCAAAAAAGAAAACUACGGAUAUUUAUCUCCAACACCUUCAACCCUGCCAAACCAGAUGCAGAGGACGGCGAAGGAACCGUUGCAUCUUGGGAGCUGCGUGUGGAGGGACGACUUCUUGAAGACACUGCUGUGUCCAAGUAUGAAGCCACCAAGCAGAAGAGGAAGUUUUCUUCUUUUUUCAAGUCUUUAGUGAUUGAGUUGGACAAAGACUUGUAUGGACCUGACAAUCAUUUGGUGGAGUGGCACCGAACCGCCACAACUCAGGAGACAGAUGGAUUUCAAGUGAAGAGGCCUGGAGAUGUUGGUGUCCGUUGUACUGUACUGCUUAUGCUGGACUACCAGCCUCCUCAGUUUAAGUUGGACCCCAGACUUGCCCGGUUGCUGGGGAUCCACACUCAGACCCGACCCGUGAUUAUUCAGGCUCUGUGGCAGUACGUGAAGACCCACAAACUCCAGGACCCUCAUGAACGAGAGUUCAUCAACUGUGAUAAAUACCUCCAGCAGAUCUUUGAAAGCCAGAGGAUGAAGUUUUCUGAGAUUCCUCAACGGCUGCAUGCACUACUGAUGCCUCCCGAGCCAAUCAUCAUCAACCAUGUCAUAAGCGUGGAUCCCAAUGACCAGAAGAAGACGGCAUGCUACGAUAUAGACGUGGAGGUGGACGACACCCUAAAGACCCAGAUGAACUCUUUCCUGCUGUCCACGGCCAGUCAGCAAGAGAUCGCAGGCCUUGACAACAAGAUCCAUGAGACCAUCGAAACCAUUAACCAUCUGAAGACUCAAAGGGAGUUCAUGUUGAGCUUCGCAAGAGACCCGCAGGGCUUCAUCAACGACUGGCUCCAGUCUCAGUGCAGAGACUUGAAGGUGAGACCAAAUGCUUCAAGGAGAGUGGCAUCUAAAACACUUCAUAUUAGUGUUGUCACGGUACCAAAAUUUCAGUAUUCUGUACCAAUACCAGUAAAAAUCCACGGUUCUUGGUACCAAACCAAAACACAAAAACAUGCUAAUUAAAA